AUGCCUCGCCAACCCACACAGGUGCCAAGCAGGGCCUUCUUACAUCAUACUUCUGACCUUAGCAGUAAUAGUUUUAGUAGCUGUGCAAGUAGUGGCGGUUAUUAUAUUCGUAAUAAAUGUGGCAGUGAUUGGAUCCAAUGCUCUGAACACGCUCAGCAUGAGCAGAAAGGACUAGAGCCGGAAGAAAGGCAGCAGCAGAAAAUAUUACACGGUGAUGAGGAGGAGUCAGGUAAAAGAACAGAAAGGAUGUUGUCCUUGUCGAUGCCCCGAAUUUUUUCGCUUGAUGCUUCGUUCUCGCUUGAAACUGAGAAGACAGUCGUGCGUGCAGAAGACAAAGCGAAGGAGAAGGACGUGUCACUCAAUGCCGAUAUCGCCACCUCCGCGCAACAGUCUUUGACAAAGUUGUGGGAGACAACACAAGCUAAGCGUAGUUCCGGGAGCUCGAAUGGUUUUUCUGCACGUCCGACUUUUGGUUUCUCGCUCUCAGUACGGUCUGAUCUGACGUGUGUAGAAUUACCCCCCUUUGAGAUGCCCGCCUUUAUCUCAUUGGAUUUUUCAGAAAAGCCAACUCACAAUCACGAGGUUGCUCUGGAAGCCGACGAGGACUUGCGAGAUAAAAAAAGACGCGAGAUCCAGAUUUGUCUUGUGCCGAAGCAGGAACUCAAGUUGAGAACUAGUCUUGACGCCGGGUGUGGAGGUGCACGUGCUAGUUUUCAAUUUCCCCCUUCGCUUGAUGAUGCUGAAGCACAGCUAGGGCGUGUUAAGCCUAUUUGUCGUCCGUUUAUAUUCUUUAUUCUUAUUGGUUUGCUGCUUCCAUUCGCAGCUCAAGAAUUGAUUGUGGUGGUAAACCACUUUGCAACGUCUGGGCCGAUGGUGUGUGGAGGAAAAGAGAUUGACUGCAGUUUGGCGGAUACCAUUGUGUUUGCUCUCACCUAUGGAAUACAUCUCUACAUUCCAUUUUCAUUUUUCGCCCCGACACUGUUUUUCCUUGCAUACGAUGUGGUUGUGAGGAAAGAGCAGGAGCAAGAGUCGCGUUCCCGCAUGGCUUGCUAUGCAGUGCCAGACGACACCACUUCUCUUGCUUGCACCCACACACUUACCUGCGUGAAUGACCAAUUUAUCCCAUCACACUGUGAAAACACACGAGCUUUCGAUGAACAAAGUCAUGCGUCCCAGCUUCAGUGGGACUUGCCUCCAUGUGUCGGUGUGUUGCGUCGAGGCGCAGUAUUUUGGGUGAUUGUUCUGGCACGUUUUGUUUGUUUAGUUACGGUGGACAUACAUUUGCCGUUUGUGACAAAAAUACCAGCAGCUUUGUGGGGGCCCAUGCGUUUAGUCGCCUUGGCGUUACCGCUCACGAUCUAUUCGCUCUACGAGACUCGACCUUUUUUUGCCGUGCCGUACGUCUUAAUGGAUGCCUUUUCCCUAUUCUUUCAGCUUAUACUGGGGAACAACGGCAUCCAGAUACAGACUCGCUGCAUGGCAGGCCCAAUGCUUCUGGUUCUCUUUGAACGAUGUUUCUGGUACGUGUCUGCAGCUGCCAUGCCAAAGGAGGUCCCAGUGGGGAUUAAAAUGGUCGUGAGCUCCACCUUCACCGCUCUUUAUUUUCUGUUGCUACUGGCGUUAUCGAUUCCUGUGGAUAUCAGGAACAGUUUUUAUGUGACAAUUGUCAUGGCCGUUCAGAUUUUUUUUUGGGAACUUCUGUUUAAUGUUCGACUGCUGGAAGUUGUUGCGUGCCGCUUAUACGCCUUUUUCAUGAAGUUCGUAUUUCGGCGAACGUUCAAGGUCUCCCAAGUGCAAGCAGCAGAUCCGACAAAUAUAUCCACGCAAGUGCGUUGGCCAACUUUGUUGAUUUCCACCGUUGCCAUUGCUCCAUUUUUUCAGUAUCAUCAAUGGCCUCGGUUCAUACCACAUAGUGAUGAGCGUGGGAGUGUGUCGGAAGUCUUCCAUGUAUACGUUGCCACGUUUUUUGUCGUCAUAGGCGUCAUCAUCUUGGCCACCAUUAUCUCGCUUUUCAUCCGCUGGAAGCACCAAUUGCUACGCAUGCCGUUAAUUAUGGAGGAUUGGUUUCUGUUGCUUAUAUGGGGGUGGUAUGUUUUCUCCUCAGUGCCAUUAGCGUUAGCUGCAGUUGUGUGA